AUGGAUUCCGCGAUUUCGCCUUUUUGGGGUGCACCAACCUCUUAUCUGAACUUUUGUGAAGAGGAUUAUGUAGUUACGCGAUAUGUUGCGGAGUUUAUCAAUACUCUCAGCAGCUUUGUUUACAUAUUAUAUGGGAUCUACGGUCUCCGGCAGCUCCACAGCAGACACCAAACCGGAUCGCGCUCAAUCCUAUACUGCGGAUUGAUUGGCGUCGGUGUCUGCUCUGCUGGUUACCAUAUGACCUUGAAAUAUCACACUCAGAUGUCGGAUGAGCUUUCCAUGCACCUCCUCACCACUCCGCUUCUCUACCGCAUUCUCUCCUUCCAGGCCACCCCUCAGUACACGAAGACUGUAGGAAUCGUUCUCUCCGUACUGUUCACGAUCGUCAUGGUCGUCCACAUGGUCAUGGACGAGUUCCUGCUCCAUGCGGUGACGUUCGGCACCGCUGUGUAUUUGAUCGCGACUCGCACGCUCAAGAUCAUUCCUCGGGAGAUCCCGGAUGUCGAGGAUCGCAAGAGGAUUCAGAACGUGGCGCUCUUUGGGUGCGCGAGCUUUAUCUUCGGAUACCUCGUCUGGCUGGUUGACGAGUGGGUGUGUCAGUCUCUGAUCGGAGCCAGACACGCGGUCGGACUGCCCGUGGCGUUUUUGCUUGAGUUGCAUGGCUGGUGGCAUGUCUUUACUGCGAUUGGUGGGUAUAUCGCCGUGGCGAUUAUUGAUUUGAUUACUUCCGGGAAUUUGCAACGGGACUCGGUUGCACAGCUCGCGUGGCCAUUGCCGACUGUUGCGAGGCUGCUCGGGCCGGCUGAGGGAGAGAUGAAGUGGAAGUAG